AUGGCUCGCUUCUCGGUAUCCAGCCUGUUCCGCUUCUCCGCCCUCGCCGCCGGCGUGGCCACGGUAGACGCCGGCGUGACACAGCUGACCAAGAACGCCACGGUGACGUGCGGCCUGAUUGCCGGCCAGAUCUCGUCGGCCAGCGAGAUCAUCUACCCGGUCAGUGCCCUGUCCUUCGCCGACGACACGCACCACUGGUUCCUGUCGUCGUCGCAGACGUCGGCAUGCGUGCUCGAGGUCGGCUCGGCGCGCGACCUGUCGACGGCGCUCAAGGUCAUCGGCAACACCCGCACCCCCUUCGCCGUCAUGUCGGGCGGCCACGCGUCGAACCCGGGCUUCUCAAGCACCCCCGGUGUACACAUCUCGCUCAAGCGGCUGGAUCAGCUCGUCCUGUCGGCCGACAAGAAGACGGUCGAGCUGGGUUUCGGACGGACAUGGGCGGACACGUACAACGAGCUGGAGGGCACAGGCGUCAAUGUCGUGGGAGGCAGAGUUGCUGGCCCUGGCGUCGGCGGAUUCAGCCUCGGCGGCGGCUUCUCGUGGAAAACAAACCAAUACGGCCUGACAUGCGACACAAUUAAGCGACACAACAUUGUGCUGCCGAACGGGACCAUCACGUACGCCUCGGCCGACUACAACCGCGACCUCUUCUUUGCCCUCAAGGGCGGCAUGAACCGCUUCGGCGUGGUGACGUCGGCCGUGUUCGCGACGCACCCGCAGCCGCCCAAGGUCUACGGCGGGCUCGUCGUGUACCCACCGACAACAGUCCAGCAAGUGCUCAACGCCACGGCGCAGUUCUACCGACAGAACAAGGACCCCAAGGCGGUGAUCAUCACGACGCUCGAGGCGGGCACCGCAGGGCCGACGCCAAUGGUGCUGUUCUUCCACGACGGACCCGACAAGCCGGCGGCGUUCCAGCUGUUCGACGGCAUCGUGCCGCUGCUGGACACGACGCAGCAGCAGAGCUUCUCGGCGCUCAUCAGCAGCAUCCCGACGGGCGUGGCCGAGGUGCGCAACCCGCGCGGCGCCUUCCACACCUUCUCGACGUCGGGCCUGACGCCGCGCUUCCUCGCCGCCAUCCACAACGAGACGGUCGACAUCGCCGCCGCCCAGGCCGCCCACGGCGGCGUCGUCGCCAGCUACGACAUCGAGCCCUUCACGCCCUACGGCUCCAAAGCCACCGACAGCGCCUACCCGCACGCCAGCUCGCCGCUGCCUCUCAACCUGUACUUCUCGUGGUCGCUGCCGUCGCAGGACGAGUGGUGGUACGCGCGCAUGCGCCAGUCGGCGGCGACGCUCAAGCGCGUCGCGACCGAGGAGGGCAUCUACAGCGCCGGCGCCAGCCUGUUCGCGUACCCCAAUUACGCGCUCGCCGGGUCCGCGCCCGCCGAGCUGUACGGCGCCGCGAACGCCGCGCGCCUGCGUCAGAUCCGCGGCCGCAUCGACCCCGCCCGCGUCAUGGACUUGGCGGGCGGGUGGGCCAUCUGA